AUGUCAGAAAACACCGCCCCUGUAGCCGCCGUCGGCAGCGGUGGUGACAUUCCCGGCCAACCCUUCUACGACAAAACGCGGCAGCACCUCAAAGAACUACUGCACAAAAGGCGAGCCCUCGAACGCAGCCUCGCGCAACUAGAAGACAACAUAUUCAAGAAAGAAACAGAGUACCUGGAGGAAACGCCGAGCGGGAACAUCAUUACGGGAUUCGAGGCUUAUACGAAGGGUACGGGGACUGCGGGCGGCGGCGCCAGGAGAAGGGGAGGUGUGAGCGAGGGCAAUAGGGUCUUUAGCAGGAGCAGCGUUAGUUUUAAUGCUAAUGCGGAGAGUCCGAUGCCAUCGGCGCAAUCGACACCCGCGGCGACCAUGGCCCCGACGCCGCUAUCGAGCGGCUUUAUGAAGGGUGAGGGGGGCUCGAACCAUGCCACGCCUACGAGUUCGACUUCAGCGAAUAGGACAGGGGCAGGCUCGAAAAGGAAUAAGAAGACUGUGGGGGAGGAUAGUGAGACGGAUACCAAGGAGGUCAAGAAACCUAGGACGGGUUCGGCUGUUUCUAGGAAGGGAUGA